UUGAGUCGAUCUUUCUACAAGCGGUGCCAAAUUCGGACAGCAUUCGUUCUUCUUGCUCGAUGUUCAGUUCUAGCUGCUCAUUUUCAGAUUGACACCAUGAUCAGGCAGUGCUUCCAAACCCUUUGCAAGGAAUGGAUGUCUGAAUGUCAUUGGUAUUGUGAUUCGAAAAGGUGCAAGGACUGCUUGAGUUGGCGUGGUCAACAAUGCAUGGAUUGUUUUGAACUAUAA